UGCAGCAGAGAAAGUCUGGGAAAAAUGUCUACCACCACCACCGACGACGAAACAGACUUGUCCUGCGGCGGAGACGGCACGGAGCCUCGAAUACCGAAAUACAAACGCAGAAAAGUCGCCAUUAUUUUCGCGUUUUGCGGUGUAGGAUACAAAGGGAUGCAGAGGAAUCCGGGCGCGAAAACCAUUGAAGGAGAGCUCGAAGAAGCCCUGUUCCAUGCCGGAGCUGUAUCAGAGUCUGAAAGAGGAAAGCCAAAACUAUACGAUUUCGCACGAUCUGCACGGACCGAUAAAGGAGUGAGUGCUGUGGGACAAGUUGUUUCCGGUCGCUUCUACGUUGACCCGCCUGGAUUCGUGGAUCGGCUCAACUCCAACCUCCCUGAUCAGAUCACAGUGUUUGGCUACAAGCGUGUAUCCCGAUCGUUUAGCUCGAAGAAGAUGUGCGAUCGGAGGAGGUAUGUGUAUCUGAUUCCAGUGUUUGCUCUUGAUCCAGUUUCGCAUCGUGAUAGAGAAGCAGUAAUGGCUAGUUUGGGUUCGGGAGAGGAAUAUGUAAAGUGUUUCGAGUGUUCAGAGAGAGGUCGUAAGAAUAAGAUCCCUGGUGUUGCCGCAAUUUGCAAAAGCACUAAUUUUGAUACAGAAUCUAGUGAAUUAGGAACUGAGAUGAAGAGUGAAGCUUUGAGUUUUGACUUAUCUAAUAGAGAAAAUAGCUUAAGCUUAGUAGAUGAUGUUCAAGUAGCUAGGAUACAUGAAGAUGGUUGUAAAAAAGAAUCUGCGGAGAAGAUGAACGGUGAAGGAGUUAAAAUGGCUGAGGAGACAAAGAGUAAGUUUUGCUAUGGCGACGAGGAGAAGGAGAGAUUCAGUAGAAUACUGAGUUACUAUGUUGGGUCAUAUAAUUUCCACAACUUCACUACAAGAAUGAAAGCAGAUGACCCGGCUGCUAAGCGAUGCAUUAUCUCCUUCACUGCGAAAACUGUCAUUAACCUUGAUGGGAUUGACUUCAUCAAGUGUGAAGUUAUAGGCCAAAGCUUCAUGCUUCAUCAGAUCCGGAAGAUGAUGGGUCUUGCUGUUGCAAUCAUGAGGAACUGUGCUCCUGAAUCACUAAUCCAGACUGCUUUCAGCAAGGAUGUGAAUAUAACUGUACCAAUGGCACCAGAAGUUGGACUCUACCUCGAUGAAUGCUUCUUCACGUCUUAUAACACAAAAUUUGAAGACAGUCAUGAGGAAGUGUCCAUGGAAGCAUACAAGGAAGAAGCUGAAGCAUUUAAACUGAAGUACAUCUAUUCUCAUAUUGGCUCUGCCGAGAGAAAAUAUGGAUCCGUGGCUCUUUGGUUGCAUUCCUUGAACUAUAGAAACUAUCCUGACCUAAAUUAUGGCAGUCAUGGACAUAACACAGCAAGUUCUUGUCUAUAAGGUCUAUGAAACCCAAGACACAACAGAGCCAGUCGUAGUUUCUAACUAAAAUGAUGAAAACUCUCAAGUCACGACUUCCCUAGAGACCAUAACUCUGGCUUAGCUCAUCUUGGGGUUAGAUUGAAGGUUCAACAUUGCUUGUGCUCUUGAGUAUUUUUCCUCAGUGAUUAACACGAAUCCUGUAACUUUUAAUUGUUUUUCACAAUUUCUUCUACGGUAAUAGUACUAAU